UAGCCUUUGAAAUAUGCUCUCGAAGUUAAGGACUUAAAGCAGCAUGCAACUUUAAUUUUUCAUUUUCUUUUUAUUUUGAGGAUUUUCAUGAAGUCGUGGUUAAUGUAUGAGGGAAUUGGAUUUACUUAUCAGGCAGGCUCAACAAGAGCAAUUCGAUUUUCAAUCCUUGUUGAUACAAAAAAUGCAAAUUAAAAAUCUAUAUAUAUAUGAGGGCUGCAGUUUCUGAUGGGUCAUACUCGAAUUCCGACCAAGCCCAGUAGCCCAAAUCUUGGAAGACUUCGGGGCCACUUUGAUCACCUGUGGCAAGGCUGGUCUAAUUGUGCCAGAAACUCUUCUUGCUCCGCGGUCGUUAAUAGAGAACGCGCGCCGACUGGCUAUCGAGUGACUGUCUCGAAAUGUUUGGUAUUUCUUAUGGAGAGCUCUUCCUCUUGAUUGGAGCCACUGCUGCUCUAGUAGGACCAAAGGAUCUCCCAAAAAUUGCAAGAACAGCUGGAAGGUUAGCAGGUCGAGCAAUUGGGUAUGUUCAAUUAGCUCGUGGCCAAUUCGAUAAUGUUAUGCAACAAUCUCAAGCUCGCCAGGUUCACAAAGAGCUUCAAGAUACAAUGGCACAACUAGAUGCAAUUCGGUAUGAAAUACGGAGUUUAUCUCUCAUGAAUCCUGGUCCUAUGACUCGAAGACUGAUGGAUAGUCCUCCAGAGCCUGCUUCUGAUAGUAAUGGUACAAUUCCACCUGGGAAAGGUGAAGAAGAGAAGAAUUCAGAUGAUGCUGUGAAGAAGGAUUAUAAUGUCAAAUCUUUGGCUUCAACUAAUUUGCAUAGCCAAGCAACUGCCUAUGCGAGAUUGGCUGAAUCUGAAGCUGUUAAAGCUGAUUCAGCGAAGUGCAGUGUAGAAGAAGAAAAUCUUAAUUAUGAAUUUGGUGAACUCACUGUUCUUCCAGUUUCAGCUAAAGAUGCUGGAUUCCUUGCAGAUCAAAAAGAAAGUGCAAAAGGAUCAGACAUUGUGUUGGAAGCAGUAUUAGAGGCAGAGGUGGCACGGAAUGCCAAAGAUUUCUUUUCUCUUCCUCAAAAUCAAUUACAAUAAAUAAGAAGUUAGGCUGAAUUUGCAAGACUUGGCGAAUCCUCAUAUGCAUGGUUAUAUAUGUUCGGAAGUUUUAACACAUGCUCCAGGGGAUGAAGAUCUCAAAUUUGGGCUACUUGAUCAGUUUUGUGUUGAGGGUUGACUUUUUCUCAUUUUGUAAGUUCUCCUAUAAUGCCUUCUCUUUCAUUAGGAAAUGACCAAGUGUAUUUAUAAAAUUACAAAUUAUUGAAGUUGUCAUCAUAUGACCUCAGUUUCCUAAUACUAUAAAUGUGACCAAUGUUAUUCACUUAUACUUAUAGUGGAAGACAUUCAAAUUGUUGAUUAUUGACAUCAUGGGGGGAAGGUGGAUAGAAACAGCAGAGCAUUUGGAAACAAGCAAUGAUGUCUAUAUAUUAUACAAUUUGUCUUGCAAGUUCCUAUCUUUGAACAAAAGAAA